CUUUAAGUUCUACAGGAUGACUCCCGAGCUGUUUGACCAGCUCCACGAGAUGGUCAGGGCACAGCUCACCAAGCAGCAUUGCGUGAGGGAGCCAGUUUCUUCCGGCGAGCGCCUCGCCAUGACACUAAGGUACCUCUCCUCUGGCGACCCAAUACAGGAUAUUGCUCUCAGCUUCAGGGUCGGGGUGGAAACAGCUCGUGAGGCGAUCUAUCUCACGUGCCAGGUGAUUUGGGAUACCCUCUCACCAUUAUACAUGAAGCCUCCCACCGAAGACGAAUGGAGGAAAAUAGCGGAUGACUACUGGCAACGUUGGCAGUUUCCAGCAUGUGUAGGUGCCGUCGAUGGCAAGCACAUACAGAUAGAAUGCCCAAAGAAGAGUGGGAGUCCGUUUUUUAACUACAAGAAAACGUUCUCUGUAGUCCUGAUGGCAGUUGCCGACAGCCGAUACAAGUUUGUCUUCAUAGAUGUAGGUGCAUCGGGAUGCACAAACGUUGUGUGGAGAAUGCAUUCGGGAUACUCGUGGCACGGUUUGAGGAUAUUUAGAUCACCUCUCAAACUGGACCCGAGCAACGUUGACAAUGUUGUGAAAGCUUCUUGUAUGCUGCACAACUUUUUGUGCACACACAUUGGAUCUGAGACUUUGUACUGCCCUCUUGACCUGGUGGACAGUGAAGACAGAGCGGGGAACUUCUGUGAAGGCAGGUGGCGCCAAGAAAUGCAGCGGAGCUCGAGCGUAUCCGAGCUGGAAUCGUCCCAUGCCCGCAACAGUAGCAGUGCUGCGGUUGCCCUCCGAAACACUAUAGCCGCGUACCUGAUGACUGAGGAAGGCUCUGUGCCAUAG